CGGUGAACUAACCGUUAUCUUGUCACGUUUCCCCAGAAGCCAUGAGUGAGAGUCCGUGAACCAUGUGUGAGGCCCAGAAAGUCACGGCGGAUGGAUACGGCGACAGCGUCAUCAAGCACUUCCAGAAACUCCGCGCCGAGAAUGAGCUCACCGACUUCAAGGUCAUCGCGCAUGGACGCGUCUUUGAGGUUCACCGAGCCCUGCUGGCGGCGACCAGCGACUACUUCCGGGUCAUGUUCAAAGGGGUCAUGGCCGAGAGCAAGCAGGAUACGGUGGACCUCAAAGGCGUCUCGGCCGAUGGACUGCAGCAGGUGAUCGACUUCAUCUACAGCGGCGAGAUGAGUCUGAGCGAGGAAAACCUGACAGAGGUCAUCAACACAGCCACUCACCUCCAGGUGACCAGUGCCAUCCACGUCUGCAGCUCCUACAUCAAGUCACUGCUGACGUUUGAGAACUACGAGGAGUUCCUCUCUGUGGCAGACACCUACUCCCUGGAGGCCGUGGUCCAGCACUGGGAGAGUAUGAUCCACCAGCGCUUCAUGGACUUCUCACAGACGCAGGCUUUCAUGAAGAUGGACGGAGACAAGCUGGCAAGGCAUCUCCCACAAGACAGCCUGCGUCUGCCAUCGGAGUACCAGCUGUUUCUUUGUCUGGAUAAGUGGUUCCGAUUCCAAGCGAACCGAAUGACAACGGACUCGGCUAAGUUGCUGAGCUGCGUGCGCUUCGGCCUCAUGUCGGAGCAGGAACUGACAGCCAUCAGCGACAGCGAGCUCGUCAAGCGCUGCCCCAUCGGUCAACAGCUAGUGGCGAAAGGAUAUCAUUACCACAUGGAUAGUAAGAAAGGUCACCCGACCAUCGAGGAGAACUGCAAAGUGCGAGCCGAGUCAGCAUCCAUCAUCAUGGUUCACCUGGGCACCUCCCACAUGCCCUUCCAGAUCACGGCUUUCAACCAGAGCAACAAGUCCUUCUACUGCCUCUUCUGUGAUGUCAACGGCAUCCGCGACUGCCGCAUCGCCUCGGUGGACAACUUCGCCUACAUCUGCCGUGUGGUCGAUUUUGGCGGCGGGACGCUGAUGAGCUCCCUGUUCCGCUUCGACCCGCGUCACCUGAUGGGCCAGGAGCUGCGCCCCAUGCGGCGACUGAGGCUGGAGUUUGCCUGUGUGGCCCACGCCCGCUGUCUGUACGCGUUUGGCGGCACCACGGAGCAGUUCGCCAUCUUGGACUCAGUGGAGUGCUACAACGUGCAGUCCAACACGUGGGAGGAGCUACAGCCGCUGCCCGCCCCGACCCACUCUCUGGCCGCUGUGUCUCACGGCUCCAAGAUCUACCUCUCUGGCGGAGUGUCGGGCGACCGGGCCAUCGUGGCGUCCUUCUUCAGCUUCGACCCCGUGACCCGGCGGUACGAGGCCAAGCCCAGCAUGUUCUACCCACGCCGGCUGCACGACAUGAUCGCCCAUGAGUCGAAGAUCUUCGCUCUGGGCGGGAUCACGCGCCAGGGCAUACCCCUGUACGGGCAGAUCCCGAUCGAGAGCUUCGACAUGACGACCAAUCAGUGGACGGUGCUGUCCUCCACUCUGGGCGGGCGCUCUGUCGGACAUUACAUGCACCUGGGCGGCGACAAGAUCCUGUCUCUGGGCCACGAACACCACAGCGCCACGGAGGAAGAGAUGUGGCUCUACGAGUCGGAGACGGACACAUGGUCCAAGUACGCCCGCGCCCCGCACCGCAUGAGCCUCAACUCAGCACUCAGCACGCAGCUGCACAUCAACUUCUUCCAGGAGAAGGUCUCGGCCAAGAUCAUCAAGGACAAAUGAUGAGGAUGAGGGGAGAGAAGGGCUUGAGGCGUGGCCACGAUUAUAAAGGACAAGUGAUGACGAUGAGAUGGGGAAGGGUUCGAGGUGCUGCCACCAUCAUUAAGGACAAAUGAUGACGAUAAGAUAUGGAAGGAAGGGCUGGAAGCAUGGCUGUUCAUGUGGCCUCCCUCGGCUGAUCUGAUGGCUCUGCCACAGCAGUGAAGCGACAGUGCCACCACUGACUUUUGCACCACGGGGGGGGGGGAUCUUGCUGUAAGUUGCGGAGAAGAAGACCGACGGUGUGUCGGAGAUGUGAAUACGACGUAACGAGACAGCCAAGGGGAAUUUGUCUCUGAAUCACAAAAGUGAUUGUUGUUGAGAUAUUGGACAACUGUGUACUUUAGUCCUGCUAUAGCAAGGUUUUCUGUGAAUCCACUAAAGAGGCUUUCUCUUAAAGGUUGCAGCCAUGAGGGACAUUCUGACAUUUUUGGGCGAGUGAGGGAACCCCCCCCCCCUCUCCCUGAUGUUUUGACAUAUUUCUCCUUGCCUGGGACACUCCGGCAUCGAGUGAGCGAAGGAGGAUUUCUUAUUUUUGUUCUUUCCAAUGUAUUUCUGACCACUGCCACCACGCCAGGAGAGUGUUGCUGCGGUGGAGACACGAUACCUCGGUUAUCUCAAAGGGCAGGGAUGGAGGAGCAUGUGUUGUCGGUGUCGCGUCUAUGUGUGUCAUGUCUAUGUGUCGGUCAUCCUCUACGCGUGUCACAUCUUCGUGUCGGUCAUCCUCUCACCGGUUUCCUUCUGAUGCAACUCUCCUUCACAAUGGGAUGCACCUGCUAUAGUGCGGUCAGAAAUUCAUGGCGCAACUUAUCCUCAAAUAUCUGUUUAACGGGUGAAUCUCUGUCGCCCAUACUUUGCACAGCAGUUUGUCUCGAUUUGUCUUAACUUAAUUAUAUUUUCCCACAAGAAUCGAGGCAAUAGUAAAAACUUUUCUUCAUAAAUUCAUAUAAAAUACUCUUAAUCUCCAUCAUGUGGAAAAUGUGAUUGUUCACGGCACUUCCUGCUUCUCACGCGCAUUUUGCAUACGCAUGUGGCCUAUGUCACAGCUCACCAAUGACACUUUCUACUGGCAAAACUUGUUACUAGAAAUUAAUUUUAAAGUGAACACAUAUUUUUCACUAAAGGAUCUCAAAACAUGAGUUCAAUUUAAAGCAUAAUGUCGCGAUUAGAAAAAA